ACUCCCUCGCUCCAAGUCACAGUAGAGAAGCAUACCAUCUCCUCACUCUGUUUACCAACAUAAACUACCUUCCACUACAUACACCUUUCCACCCAAUCAACAUGUCGUCCCACAAGAUCCCCGAAGAACAGUGGGCGCAAGUCAUUCAGAAGACUGGCGGACCUCUUGAAUACAAGAAGAUCCCAGUCGCUAAGCCCGGCCCAGAAGAAGUCCUCGUCAAUAUCAAAUACUCUGGCGUCUGCCACACCGAUCUCCACGCAGUCAACGGCGACUGGCCUCUUGCGACGAAACUACCACUUGUUGGUGGUCAUGAGGGUGCUGGUUACGUCGUAGCUCGUGGUGAGCUGGUUACGGACGAAAUCUGCAAGAUCGGUGAAGCUGUCGGUGUCAAGUGGCUCAACGACUCCUGCUUGUCCUGCACCUUCUGCCAACAGUCCGACGAACCCCUCUGCCUCACCCCCAAGCUCUCCGGCUACACAGUCGACGGUACCUUCCAGCAAUACUGUAUCGCCUCCGCACGACACGUCUCCCACAUCCCCGAAGGCGUUCCCCUCGACGAGAUUUCACCCGUCCUUUGCGCCGGUAUCACGGUCUACAAGGGGUUGAAAGAGUCGGGAGCCAGACCAGGACAGACAGUCGCCAUCGUAGGCGCUGGUGGCGGGUUGGGAGCUUUGGCACAGCAAUAUGCAAAGGCCAUGGGUCUGCACACCAUCGCCAUUGACACUGGUGAUGACAAGAAGAAGCUUUGCGAACAAAUGGGAUCAAAACAUUUCAUCGACUUCUCCAAGUCCAGCGACGUUGUCAAGGACGUCAAGGCCGCUACCAAAGACGGCCUCGGUCCCCACGCCGUCAUCCUAGUGGCUGUCAGCGAAAAGCCCUUCCAGCAAGCCGCCGAAUAUGUCCGCCCCAGAGGUACCGUCAUUGUCAUCGGUCUCCCUGCCAAAGCCUAUAUCCGAGCACCCGUGUUCGAGUCAGUGGUGAAGAUGAUCAGAAUCCAAGCCUCAUAUGUCGGUAACAGACAAGACGGUGAGGAAGCUUUGGACUUUUUUGCCCGUGGCUUGAUCAAGGUGCCAUUCAAGACGGUGGAGUUGAAGGACCUUCCCAAGGUGUACGAGAUGAUGCACGCAGGCCAGAUCGCUGGACGAUAUGUGCUCAAGAUGCCCGACGCUGAAUAGACUUGCAGCUCAAAAGUGAGGUCAUGAGGAGUUUGAAUGAGUCGGAUCGAUCAUCACGUGGCGGUUAUGGUUAUGAUAUGAUAUGAAAAGGAUCUCCGACGAACCUGGGUAGCAUGUAUGUGUAUGCUAGACAUUUGAUGACCCAUUGCAUUUGGAUAUCAUCACAAGUGACGCCUCGCAGACUCUCUCGAGAUGGUGAUAAACGAAAGGAUCUGGGGCCUGAUCGAGGCGGACCAGGAUUUCCCAUGAUGCCCGGAGCAAAGUUAGUCCGUUCCGAUGCACCCCUCAUAGUCUACCGCCAAGCCGGUUUCAAACAAAAGUGGCACCGUCUGACAGGGAGUCCAUCGACGAUACAAAUCGGAGUUCUAUAGGUUCGUGAUAACGGGUGCCUAUACAGCAAGCUAGUAGGGAUACUCGAUGGAGCUGAUGACCUCCUUUCUGACAAUGCAUG